AUGGCAGAGGCACCGAUAAAGACGAUCAUCUUCGACAUCGGCGACGUGCUUUGCAGCUGGGCCCCGCCGAGAACGCCUACCGUUGACCCAAAGCUCUUCAAGGAGUUCCACAACUCGCAGACUUGGUAUGAAUACGACUGCGGCAAGAUCGGCGAAGAUGAAUGCUUUGCGCGGCUGGCCGCUCAAGGCGGGGUUUCCGCUGCGGAUGUAGCGGUUGCCUUUGACUUGGCGAGGAACUCACUGGAGCAGAACGACGGUGUAGUUGCAGCAAUUCGAGAAUUAAGAGCGGCGCACCCAAGUCUCCGCGUUUACGCUAUGUCCAACAUCUCUCGGCCGGACUGGGAGUUCCUCCGACGGAGGCCAUUCGGAUGGGACGUCUUUGAUCGAAUCUUCACGUCUUGCGAAGCCGGAAUGCGUAAGCCCGAGCUCCGCUUCUACCACCACGUGCUCAAGGAGGCGGAAACGGUGCCCCACGAGGCUGUCUUUGUGGAUGAUCAGACGGACAACAUUGUGGCCGCUCAGUCCCUAGGCUUCCGGGAGACCAUCCUUUUUGAUGAUGCAGCGAACGUGCGAAGAAAGCUUUUGAACCUCCUCGACAAUCCGGCUCAAAGAGGUAGAGAAUGGAUAAGUGGGAAUUUCGAGAAGGUCUGUUCGGAGACGGAAAGGGGGGACACCAUCCACGACAAUUUCUCACAGCUUCUUACCUACGAGGCGAUGAAGGACACAAGCCUUCUGAACCUUAAGCACUUCGACCGCACGUGGAACUAUUUUGCAGAAGCUCCGUCCGGGGGAUCGCAAGCAACAUUUGAUGACGUGGAUACGACGUCCUACGCAUUCAAUGUGCUACCGCUUGAUAAUAGCGUAGCGCAUUCAAUCAUGGAUGAUAUGAUCUCGUCCGAGCAGCUAACAGUUGACGGUAUCGUCAAGGUAUAUUUCGGCAAGCCGAAUAAUCGGACAGACCCAGCGGUGUGCGUCAACGUUGUCCGGAUGUAUUAUAAGUUCGGGCGCGGCAACGAGUCAGCCCUCCAGCCGACAAAGGAUUGGAUCCAGAACGUGCUUUUCUUCCGAGGGUACACCAAUGGGACGCGUUACUACCACCAACCGGACGUGUAUCUUUAUUUUUUUGCUCGGCUUUUGGUUGAAAAUCCCAAAUCAGACAUGUUCCGCAACACGGCGGCGUUGCUGCGGGAGCGGCUCAAGGAACGCGUCAAUAUUCCUGCAGAUUCGUUGGGAUUGGCGAUGCGGGUACUGGCGUGCCACUACAUGGGUAUUCAGGACGAAAUGGACCUCAGGCGGCUGCUCAGUAUGCAGCAGGAGGACGGGUCGUUUGGGCUGGGGUGGCUGUGCAACUACGGCACUACUCAGCUGAAAGUGGGUAACAGAAUGCUUACGACGGCACUGGCGGUCGCGGCCGUGGAGGCAGUAGCUGGCAGUGGUUGGAUGACGAAGCAGAGGACGGAACGUGACAAUGUCAAGAUGAUGCAGCAGAGUGGAACACGGAUCCUGGCGCAGUACGACAACAUGAUAUCAGUCUAA